UCACAGCACAUGGUACAAAGAGAGCAGACCGAACCCAGUCUCCAACAAGACCCGCAGCAAAUGGGAGCACCAUCCAUCAGACAGUCACUUUAACACAUCACCUCAGGGAGCCACGGAACUACGGUCUCACCCCCACUAGGACUGAGCAGCCGUGAUGGACGAGCGGACAGAACCCACCCCCAGUGUCCCGAAAGGGGUGACCUCCCGGCAGGGCCGGAGGACGGCGAGACGGCGGCGAGGUCUACAGAACCCCCAAGAUUCACCACAACUGGGACAAGAGGCCAGCUGGAGUUCCGGGGAACGCCUCAUUGUGGAGAAGGUGCAUGAGUUUUUCCAGGAAUGCGGUGGAACUGAGAGGGGCUUCAUCACUCGAGAUGACAUGAAGAAACUGCAGGACAAAUUUGCUUUCAGUCCUGAGGAGUUAGAGAUGGUGUUCAACAAACUGGAUGUGAAUCAGAGCGGCCAACUCACUCCCGAGAAGCUGACCAAGGGCCUGAGCCACUUUCUAACAGAUCAGAAGUUGGGCGCAGGCAGCUCAGAGCGACAGAACCUUCCAGAAUCUUUGUAUCAAUCCCCGAGCCUGCAGCAGCAGGUCGAAGUGGAAGAUGAGGAAAAGCAACUGUUUGCUGCACUGAUGGAGAGACUGGGAGCCAGGACAAUCUUCCCAGAUCAGACGGAGGUAUGGAAACUCUGGGUCCAACUUCGACGCAGUGAGCCCAAUCUACUCGGCCACCUGGAAGAUUUCCUGUCCAAGGUUUCUGUUCAGAUCCAGGAUGCUCAGAAUGAGAAGGAGGAUUUGGAACGCACCCUCAAAAAGAGAAUGGUGGAACAUAACACCGAGGUUCAGAAACUCUAUGAGGAAAUGGAACUCCAAAUCACCAACGAGAAGGAUCGGAUUGAGACUGAAAAUACGGUGAAGCUCCACGCUCAGAGCCAGGACUUGCAAAAGGAGCUGGACAGCAAACAGGAGCAAGUGCAACAUCUGGUCCAAAUGCAGGCAGAGUUACAGGCAGAACUUGCCUCCCUGCGCAGUAAGGAGAAUGGGGCCAUCACCGAAAUUGAGAUGCUCAAAGUGACCAAUCAGGAGCUGGAGACGAGGCUGGAACAGAUCCAGCAGGAUCUUCAGGAAGCCCGGGAUCAGCUAUUGGAUCAACAGAAGGAAGCAGCCCAGCGAGAGGAGAGAGAGGGAGAGCGGGAGCAACCUCCCAGCAAUGAUGGGCUCUACGUCACUGAAGUCGAUCCACAGAAAGAGGCCAGGCAGAGGUGGGGAUCUGACACCAGUCAGAGGUUUACAACGUCCGAGUGGCCUCAGAGGGACUUGGGAAGUCCAGGCCAUGUGGCCCGCAUCAUUUCAAUUGAAGAAGAACCGCUGCCACUACAGGUCCAGGAGGAUGCUGGGAUACAAAGGUUAAGGCUCACCAGACAGGAAGUUGACAUGAGCACCAUUGAAGAUGGAGAUACAGUCUUCGAAGAAAGAGCAGAGCCUUCAUGGAGUGAAGGAGAGACACAUCCUUCAAAAGAGUUACAGGCGGAGCUUGUCUCUCUGCGCAGUAAACAGAAAGAGGCCAUCACUGAGAUUGAGAUGCUCAAAGCGACCAACCAGGAGCUGGAGACAAAGCUGGAGCAGAUCCAACAGGAUCUUCAGGAAGCCCGGGAUCGGCUGGUGGAUCAACAGGAGGAGUCAUUUCGCCGAGAGGAGACAGAAGGUAAACACAACCAGGCAAUCGCUGAGAUUGAGAAGCUGAAAGUGACCAAUCAGGAGCUGGAGACAAAGCUGGAGCAGAUCCAACAGGAUCUUCAGGAAGCCCGGGAUCGGCUGGUGGGUCAACAAGAGGAAGCAGCCCAGCGAGAGGAGAGAGAAGGUAAACACAACCAGGCAAUCGCUGAGAUUGAGAAGCUGAAAGUGACCAAUCAGGAGCUGGAGACAAAGCUGGAGCAGAUCCAACAGGAUCUUCAGGAAGCCCGGGAUCGGCUGGUGGAUCAACAGGUGGAAGCAGCCCAGCGAGAGGAGAGAGAAGGUAAACACAACCAGGCACUCGCUGAGAUUGAGAAGCUGAAAGUGACCAAUCAGGAGCUGGAGACAAAGCUGGAGCAGAUCCAGCAGGAUCUUCAGGAAGCCCGGGAUCAGGUGGUGGAUCAACAAGAGGAAGCAGCCCAGCGAGAGGAGAGAGAAGGUAAACACAACCAGGCAAUCGCUGAGAUUGAAAAGCUGAAAGUGACUAAUCAGGAGCUGGAGACAAAGCUGGAGCAGAUCCAACAGGAUCUUCAGGAAGCCCGGGAUCAGGUGGUGGAUCAACAAGAGCAAGCAGCCCAGCGAGAGGAGAGAGAAGGUAAACACAACCAGGCAAUUGCUGAGAUUGAGAAGCUGAAAGUGACCAAUCAGGAGCUGGAGACAAAGCUGGAGCAGAUCCAACAGGAUCUUCAGGAAGCCCGGGAUCGGCUGGUGGGUCAACAAGAGGAAGCAGCCCAGCGAGAGGAGAGAGAAGGACUUCAGAGAACUCGCUCCAUCCGACGCCGUGUGACCCAAAAGCCGACCCCCCUGGGAGAGGAUCCUGCACUCGCUCACCUGAGGGUCACAGGCCCGGAUGUAACCAUGGCAACAGGUGGCAAUGGAGAUGGAGUCAGUGAGGGACUAGCAGCGUCUUCAGGAAGUGAUGGAGCAGCAGAGAGAAUGAAGGAGUUACAGGAGGAGCUGGUCUCUCUGCACAGUAAACAGGAGGCGGCCAUCACUGAGAACCAGAAACUCAAAGGGACCAAUCAGGAGCUGGAGCUGGAGCUGGAGCAGAUCCACAAGGAUCUUCAGCAAGCCCGGGAUCGGCUGGGGGAUCAACAGGAGGAAGCAGCCCAGCGAGAGGAGAGGGAGGGUAAACACAACCAGGCAAUCGCUGAGAUUGAGAAGCUGAAAGUGACCAAUCAGGAGCUGGAGACAAAGCUGGAACAGAUCCAACAGGAUCUUCAGGAAGCCCGGGAUCGGCUGGUGGAUCAACAGGAGGAAGCAGCCCAGCGAGAGGAGAGAGAGGGUAAACACAACCAGGCACUCGCUGAGAUUGAGAAGCUGAAAGUGACCAAUCAGGAGCUGGAGACAAAGCUGGAGCAGAUCCAACGGGAUCUUCAGGAAGCCCGGGAUCGGCUGGUGGAUCAACAGGAGGAAGCGGCCCAGCGAGAGGAGAGAGAGGGACUUCAGAGAACUCGCUCCAUCCGACGCCGUGUGACCCAAAAGCCGACCCCCCUGGGAGAGGAUCCUGCACUCGCUCACCUGAGGGUCACAGGCCCAGAUGUAACCAUGGCAACAGGUGGCAAUGGAGAUGGAGUCAGUGAGGGACCAGCAGCGUCUUCAGGAAGUGAUGGAGCAGCAGAGAGAAUGAAGGAGUUACAGGAGGAGCUGGUCUCUCUGCACAGUAAACAGGAGGCGGCCAUCACUGAGAACCAGAAACUCAAAGGGACCAAUCAGGAGCUGGAGACGAGGUUGGAGCAGAUCCACAAGGAUCUUCAGCAAGCCCGGGAUCGGCUGGGGGAUCAACAGGAGGAAGCAGCCCAGCGAGAGGAGAGAGAGGGUAAAUACAACCAGGCAAUCGCUGAGAUUGAGAAGCUGAAAGUGACCAAUCAGGAGCUGGAGGCAAGGCUGGAGCAGAUCCAACAGGAUCUUCAGGAAGCCCGGGAUCGGCUGGUGGAUCAACAAGAGGAAGCAGCCCAGCGAGAGGAGAGAGAAGGACUUCAGAGAACUCGCUCCAUCCGACGCCGUGUGACCCAAAAGCCGACCCCCCUGGGAGAGGAUCCUGCACUCGCUCACCUGAGGGUCACAGGCCCGGAUGUAACCAUGGCAACAGGUGGCAAUGGAGAUGGAGUCAGUGAGGGACCAGCAGCGUCUUCAGGAAGUGAUGGAGCAGCAGAGAGAAUGAAGGAGUUACAGGAGGAGCUGGUCUCUCUGCACAGUAAACAGGAGGCGGCCAUCACUGAGAACCAGAAACUCAAAGGGACCAAUCAGGAGCUGGAGAUGAAGCUGGAGCAGAUCCAAAAGGAUCUUCAGGAAGCCCGGGAUCAGCUGGUACAUCAACAGGAGGAAGCAGCCCAGCGAGAGGAGAGAGAGGGACUUCACAGAACGCGCUCCAUCCGACGGCGUGUGACGCAAAAACUGACCCCCCUGGGACAGGGCCCUGCACUCCCUCACCUAAGGGUCGAAGGUCAGGAUGUCACCAUGGCGAUGGGCGAUGCCGUGGAUGGGAUCAGUGAACAAACAGCAAUAACUUCGGUGGGAAUCAGCAAGGAUCCCGACCAUCUCUACAACAUCAUGUUUGUUGGCAAUGCCAAUGCUGGGAAAACAUCCUUCAUCCAGCGGUUUUAUGAUGAUAGUUUUGAGCCUGGGAUGCCCUCCACAGUAGGGAUAGACUAUCGAGUGAAGACCCUGACAGUGGACAACAGACACAUUGCCCUUCAACUCUGGGAUACUGCAGGACAGGAGCGAUUCCGCAGUUUAACCAAGCAGUUCUUCAGAAAGGCCGACGGGGUGAUCGUGAUGUAUGACAUUACAUCGUCCAACUCAUUCACCGAGGUACGCUACUGGCUGGCAUCUGUCAAGGAAACAGUGGAUGAUAACGUUGCCAUCCUUCUUCUGGGGAACAAGAUCGAUGAUGUCGCUCACCGCCAGGUGCCCGUUCCUGAGGGGCAGCGUCUUGCUCAGGAAUACAACCUCGUGUUCUAUGAGUGUAGCGCCUAUACAGGUCACAACGUUAGCACGGCCAUGCUGCACCUCACAAAAUUACUGGAACAGCAGGAUGGGAACUUCGGGGUCCCGGCUGUGGAUAUGGUGAAACAGCCCGUGAAGAAGGGGAAGUGCUGCUCAUAGCCUUUCACACUGUCCCAUCUCUGCACACUGUCCCAUCUCUGCACACUGUCCCAUCACUGCACACUGUCUCAUCAUUGCACACUGUCCCAUCGCACUGUGCCAUCACACUGUCCCAUCUCUGCACACUGUCCCAUCGCACUGUCCCAUCUCUGCACACUGUCCCAUCGCACUGUCGCAUCACUGCACACUGUCCCAUCACACUGUCCCAUCUCUGCACACUGUCCCAUCACACUGUCCCAUCACUGCACACUGUCCCAUCACUGCACACUGUCCCAUCUCUGCACACUGUCCCAUCACUGCACACUGUCCCAUCGCACUGACCAUCACACUGUCCCAUCACUGCACACUGUCCCAUCACACUGUCCCAUCACUGCACACUGUCCCAUCUCUGCACACUGUCCCAUCACUGCACACUGUCCCAUCACACUGACC